UGAAGACAGCUUACCAGGAUAACUGGUGCCAGGGAGUGACUGGUAGUCCUGGUGUGAACCCUCAAGAAGGCAGUGAGCAGAACGACAUGAAUCGGCAGACGAAGAGAAGGGCCAGGACAAGUGGCCGGAAAGGCUGGGGUGGACGAGUUCUGGAGGGAGCUAAACCAAGGCCACACCAGGUUACCCAAGGCCCUGAGGCAGCAAUGGAGCCUCUCCUUGGGGCCUGGGCCCCGAGUGAUGAAGGUGCCUGCCCUGAGCCAAGUCCUCAAGCCAGUGGAGACGAGGAUUUCCCUGACUGCUACAUAGAAUGCAUCAUAACAAGUCAGUUUUCUGAACCCAGCCUGGAAGAAGAUUUACUUUUUAGGUCCUUUGAAAACCUAAGCAAUGACUCGGAAGAAAGUCUUUCUCAACAGGUUUUUGCAGCCAGCUCCCUUCUUGGGUGUUCUCUGGAGUACAUGAAAAGUGGAGCUAAAUCAAAGCCCCCGCCACUGAUGGCUGAAGAGGAUUCACACCUUGGGUAUUCUGAGUACAUGACAAGCAAGAAAUUUCCUGCUGGAGAGAUCCCUGGCUUUGACCUAUGGGAUCCUAAACAGCUUGGCGAAUUUGCUGCAAAGAAGCCCCCGGACAGUAAAGACCGGGGCACUCCAGAGACAUUCGAUUGUCCUCACAGUGGAUGCACAAGGAAGCUGAGGGAUAAAACUGCCCUGCGGAAGCACCUGGUGGUGCACAGGCCCCGAGACCACGUGUGCGCGGAGUGCGGACGAGCGUUCUCCGAGAGCUCCAAGCUCACCAGGCACUUCCUGGUGCACACCGGAGAGAGGCCCUUCCAGUGCACGUUCGCUGGCUGCGGCAAGCGCUUCUCCCUGGACUUCAACCUGCGCACACACGUGCGCAUCCACACCGGCGAGAAGCGCUUCGCGUGUCCCUUCCAGGGCUGCGACAAGAGGUUUGUGCAGUCCAACAACCUCAAAGCCCACAUUGUAACCCAUGCGAAGAUGAAAAAGACUCACUGAAAACAG